CAACUUCAGCGAGGAGUACCUGUACAAGUACAACUCAGAGCUCAGAGUUAAGAGAGCAAGAGAGACACAGAGAAAUUAAGAAAAAUAGAGAAAGAUGGUGAGAACUCCUUGCUGUGAUCAGUGUAACAAAGGGAGUCUGAAGAAUGGUACAUGGGCACCGGUGGAAGAUAGGAAGCUCCUAGAUUAUAUUACUAGGUUUGGCUACUGGAAUUGGCGCCAACUCCCCAAGUUUGCUGGGCUUUCAAGGUGUGGGAAGAAGUGCAGACUGAGGUGGCUGAAUUACUUGAAUCCCAACAUCAAGAGAAGAAACUACACCUGUGAAGAAGAGGAAAUAAUAAUCAGACUUCACGAAAAGCUGGGGAACAAAUGGUCUGCGAUUGCGGAACAGCUUCAGGGAAGAACUGACAUAGAGGUUAAGAAUCACUGGCACAGAAACCUCAAGAGACGCUUCAUGGUAAACAAGCGUACAAGGCCUCCUCAGUUUCAAUCUGAUGCAGGAGCUAUAUGUGAUGAUCAACCAAGGACCAAGAGGAUCCCACAGACACCGGAUUAUCUCAAGGACUAUGUCUGGUCCAAAAGAUGAUCCUUAUUUUAUUACUUCUACUUUGAUUAUUUACUUAAUUAGUUUGGGAGCUUUUAACGUAUAUGUUUGCUUUCUUUUAAAGUCUAGGUUUUCUUCUCUAUUUAAAGGAUUGUAUUGACUCAUUAUGGGGUCUUUGAUCAUGCAUAAAAAUAUUUGACAUUGGCAGCCGCCAGUACAUUGCUAUCUUCUUCUCCAGUUGUCUAGUGUGUGUGAGUCCAGAAAGGCUUUGAGUUGUUGUGGAUCGCUGAUCCGCAUCACAAUCAGACACGAUGAUGAUCAUCACGAAGAAAUAGAAGUACUGAAAUCACCGGAUCAGCCAAUACUACUGCUACGGAAGAUUUCGCAGAUGCAGAAGCUACUGUUGAUCAAUUCCCCCAAAUUGAUUAUCUUGAUUACCCAGAUCGAACUGUGUUGGAGUAAAAUUAUUACAGAAUCCUUAUUGAAUGAUUAGCAGCCCAAUAGUCUUUAACUCAUGAAUAAGAUGUGAUAAUGUGAUGACCGAUGACUCUCGUCAUUCACAUUCCUAGGUUAUGCAGGUUAUGCUUAUGAAAGGUUUUAGUAGCAGGGGUUUUAGUAUUUGUCAUAAUUACUAAACCUUGAUAUUAAGCCUAUAUAAAAUCUAAGUUUAUUGUUAUCUUUAACUAUCGAAUGGAACUGAAUCUGAGUA